CCACCACCGGUGAUGACGUUGAGUCCCAUGCAGUCAAUCAUUCCCAAAGGUGCACGUGCACUGGACACAAUGACGUCACAUUGCUAUGUUUCAUUUUAAGGUGGAGCUUGUGCCAAUUUCAAAGAAAGAGGACAGAGAGAGGAAGAGGACGAGAGAGGUUCUGUCUGCUCCUUCCACUUGUGAUGAAUGGAAGGCAACGCAUCGGAUCAGCUGUGCACAAAACUGUUCGAUCUGAUGCCUUUUGCCGACUAACUCAGCGAUGCACCAAACUGACAUUCGGUACACCAAACUGCGAUGGCUCCUAACGCUUGUCGGGCUUCUUCUUUACAUCGUGGACAUCUGGACAGACGUGGGACUGUCCAUCAAGUACCUCCUAGAUGGACGUUACAUAUGCUCGGCGUUGAUUUUCUCAUUCAUCCUGGCCGGGCUGCUGGUGACUCAGAUUUUCAGUCACGCCUGGUACGAGGAUGAUCUCGAAGACGCUUUGGUGAACCCCCGAGGGCAAUCCACCGUAUUGGGAAUGUCCAAGGGCAAACUCGUGGUAUUCCACCUGUGCGGCGCGGGUAUUUUCACCAGGUACUACCACCUACUCAAAAGUGGCUUCAAAGUGCUCUGGCUCCUGGGUGGUUCCCUUAACGAGGAAGAGAGGAAGGAAGCUCACCAUCGCCUGUUUUGUCAAGCCACUGACUUGAGCAUGCUCAAACUCUUUGAGGCGUUUUUGGAGAGUGCCCCCCAGCUCCUCGUGCAGAUCUACAUAGUCCAAGACCAAGGCGAAGCCUCGGUCGUCCAAUAUUUUUCUAUGGUCUUCUCGUGUUGUAACAUCGCCUGGGCUUUGGUGGACUACCGCCGGUGUCUACGCCGGUCACUCCCAAACAUCCAGGAGAUGCCCUCUGGCUCGCCCACCGCCAUUUACCUCCUCUAUAAACUCUUCACCUUCAGCAGCCACAUCCUCAGCUUCAGCCUCCUCCUGCUCCUCACCCCCUACUGUGUAAUUGCCUUGGUGGCCAUUUUGUGGCUGCUGGGGACAAUGUGGUCACACGUGCUUCGCACCAACUUUUGCUCCACCAAAAUGCAUGAGAUGGUCUACCGCGUAGUGGUUGGGUUCAUCCUCACAUUCACCUUUUUUAACGUCAAAGGACAGGACACCAGGAUCGUCAUGACUAUUUAUUAUUCCCUCUAUUUGCUCAUUAACGUGACAUCACCAUUACUUUUGGCGUUCCUGAAGCCAGAGGUGCGGACAGCAACGUCCUUCUUGGUAAUCAGCGGGGUUAUUUUUGCCUGCUCCGUCCUGGGGCUGGUCUUUCUGGUGUUAUUCUACCUCCAUCUGCACCCGAAAGCGAAGCGGCGGGAAGCUGACGAAGUGGACGGAAUCGCAAAACAAACUGAGGCAACAGGCAGAAUGAACAACUUCCUGCGGCCCUGACGGACAUUUAGUCAAGAUGGUGGGCACAAUAAAAAUCACCAAAACUUCAAUUAAGCUACCUGGACCCUUCUUAGUUGUUGAAGGGGUCAUAUACAUACAUAUGUAAAUAUACAUGUACAUAAGCAUAUUUUCUACUCUACUCUAAUAUAUACAUAUAUAUUACGUCUUUCUUGCAUUAUAGCUUCACAUUUAUAUUUAUCUGCUGAUGCAGCGAAUGAUCAUAAAGUGGAGUCAAGUGCACCCUUACUGUGGAGCAUUGCUUCUCAAAUAGUGGGGCGCCC